AUGUCUGAACAGCCGGACUUCGCUGUUUCAGCUGAACUGAAAUCCUGGCUAUUUUCAGCAAUAGCUGAAUCUAUGCUUAAAGCUAUUGCAGCUUAUCACAAACAGGCUAAACCUGUCUCCAAAUCAAAUGCUGCCUUAAAUGUUUCCGACUCGGAAGAGUCUCACAAUGAUUCCGACAAUGCUCCACGCAAGCGUCCCUGGAAGGGCAACAGUGCCUCCGCUGGUAAAGGCAAGGCACCUGCCAAAAACCCUAGACUGUCUCUUCCCUCCUCAAGCCUUCCCAUAUUGGACCCCUUGGAGGGUUCCACAUCACACGAUCUACAGGUCGUGAACGAGUACUGCACAGGGUUACUCUGA